AUGUACCGUUCCUCCGCCCACCCGAGUCGGGCAAAGACAUCAGCUGACCCGCUCUCGGACUUGAGGGAAGUCGGCUUGCUGCAUGAAAUGGGCUCAAGAGGCGCGCGGCCGUUCAAGCAGCCUCGCGCCUCUCUGCAUGUCUCUCCCGCGAUGCUGUCCUCCGCCUCGUCUCGCCAGUCGCUUCGCUCGCUGCUGCUGGGCGGGGCGGAAAGCGGCAGAAGAAGGGAAGACAGUCAGCGCAGGCUGGCGGACGCUGGAAAAGACGACCCCGACCACGCCCCAAUCAGAAGAGAAAGGCGCGGUAUGGACAGCGAGGAAGAGCGCCGCCGGAGAAGGCGGGAUGCGGGGCUCUUUCGCUCCGUUUCUUUAGAUGGAGGCAACGAGGAAACAGACGAAGACGACUUCCGCCAAGUGGAAAACAGCAGAAACUUGCCGUCUCGUGGCGCUGGAGCGCACUCUGGCCGCGGGCGUCUUCUUAACGUCGAGGAAGACGGAAAAGCGCGGAGAAAGAAAGAGAGGAAAACGCGACCCAGCAUCGCCGGCGCUUCCAGUCGCGCGAGGGACAGGCGCGAGAGGGAGGCGAGCUCGGAUGGUGGUAGCCCUCAUCUCCUCGGCCGGCGCUUGGGCUUUGCGUCGCCCGCUCUCACUCCACGCAAAGGUUCCUCUCUCGCUGCCGCGGAUGGUGAGUCCAGGUCGCACUCGGCGGCAGCAGGUUCAAGAAGAAGGAUAUCGAAAGAGAAGCACAACUCACUCGAAGUGGGGACUUGGUCCUCCGCACACGCCCCGCGGCGACCUGCAGGCGCCGCGACCUGGCAUGCGUCGCCUCCGGCCGCCGCUGCGCUCGACUCCUCCGCGUCCAGUCACCUCUCGUCUUCGUCUUCUUCAGCUGCUCAGUCCCCUGACUCGAAUGCCGUCCUCGCGCCGUCGUGGCUGCUGUCCACGCUCGGAGUGUUUCCUGCGGAGGACCCCUCCGUCGCGGCCGCGGUUCCGGCCUCUAGGGGCCUUCCAGAGGACGGGGAGCCGGCGGCCCGCGGAGCUCGUGAGCAGCGCGCAGGCGCAGGCAGCGACGAGCGACCAGAAAGUGAAGAAGUCAAGCCCCUGCAAAUGGGCAGAAGUCGCAUGAAGCGCGAUGAUAGACGGAAGAAGACUGAGCCAGAGCGCAGACGGGUCGCCGCUGGAGCGGAGAACGAAAGCCAAGACGAAGAAGCAGGGGAGGCACCGCGCCAGGCCUUGUUCCCGCGGCAGCACGCGCGCCGGAGAGCGCGAGGAGAUCAGGGGCUCUCGAGUGAGGGCGAGGCGCAGGGCACCGGCGGCGGGGGCAAGCAGACUGCGCUAGCGUCGCCCGACCGCCAAGAGAGAAAGAGGAGGAAAUACAGGGACGCGGAAGCAGAGGACGCGCGAGGCGCGUCGCGCGCAGAUCCGACUGGAACUUCUAUUUCGGAUUCCGAGGACGGGCGCGGGUCUUCGGCCGUCCCUCAGCCGCGCAACGAGGCUCGGGAAGCGGCAGGGAGCGCAGCACCCGGAGGCAGCUCUAUCCAGGCGAGCGGAAGAAAACACGACGAAGCCUCGGCUCGAGGCGCGGGGCCAGUCGAGGAGACGAAGAAGCGAGAGAAAGGGCGGCGGGGAGCGUCAAGGAAGAAGGGCGAGAAGCCAGGGGCCUCUGUGUUGUCUUCUUCCCUCGCCGCUUCUCCCUCCCGUCUCCUCUAUCCUGCGUCCACGCUCGUCGGCUCGGCGCUUCGGCCGGCGUCGUUUCUGCCGUCGCGGGGGCUUGGCCCCGCUGGGACCGUCACCAGCCUCAUGCCCUCUUUGUUCACUUCCGCUAGGGGGGAGACUCGUGGGGUCGCGGGCCUCUCGCGCUUGCCGUUGGAAGCCUCUUUCGCGCCUGCGACCGCGUUGGAGCCGCGCAAGGAGGAGCCCAGCGCAGGCGGGGGGCGGGACGAGGCAGCGGACGGCGACGCAGGGGCAGACGAACCGAGACUCCACGAGGCGGGGCUGGAGAGUCUCUCCGCAGACGAGGCGGGCGAGCGAGCAGGUCGUUCAGCUCAUGCGGAGCGAAGCAGCGGGUCGGAAUCUCUUCAGGCGCCGCACGCCAGAGCCACGCCGCUUUCCCUCAGUGCCCUCCUGCAGGCGCCGCCUCGGCCGGCGCGCGUUCCACAGAGCGCAGCGAGCGUAGCGGACACGCGCCGACAAGAGAAAGAUUCGCGCGCCGCGCGGGAGGAGGGGCGCGACGGCAGGCUGCGGCGGGAGGCCUUUGUCGGCGACGAAGGCCUGGAGUCGUCACCCCGAGCAAAAGAACGUCAGUUGGAAGCAGAGAGCCGCGUCGAGGUGCGUGGUGCAGCGGGUCGUUGUCCCGUCAGCGUGUGCGCGGGAGAGGAGAGAGGCGAGGCUUUUUUUUUCGUCAGCGCAGCGGACGGAGGUCACACAGAGGACGCGCCCUCGCUGCCGGGAGACCUGCAGGACGGCGCGCGUGAGGGCGAGGCGCCACUUUACGCAGAAGGAGGCGCCCAGAAGGCCAGAAGAGGCGUUUCAGUUGCGUGCUGCUCAGUCGGGAUUCAGUGCGAAGAGCCCGGCGCCGAGCGAGAGGAGGGGGCCGCGAAGGCGGGCACCCUGGGGCAGAAUCCCUUCCCGUCUCUGUUUCAGGGCGAAGAGCGCGAAAGCGAAGCCGACAAAGAACGCAGAGAGUUCCUUCUGUUUUGUCAGCGCCUGCAGUCGACGCGGUCGCAUGCGUCGCCUCUCUCGCUCAGUCUUCAUCAGCACGCUUCUGUUCCCUGCGAAAAUGUCGAGAGUCUCUCUGCGGCGGGCGACCUGGAGCCGCGGCCGCCGUUCGAGGCGGCCGACCGCGCUGCCGGGCUGUGCUUCGGGGGGGGAGAGGGAGAGGAAGACGAGGAGAAGUUUGCGUAUUCGCCGUCUUCUUCAGCCUCUUCUUCGCUGCCGAGCUCGCCCUUGCACACGCGCAAGGCGGACAGCGGCCUGCGCGGCGCGUUUGGGGCGGCGGCGGCGGAUCUCUGCGGCUCGUCACGCGGUCGCUCAGCUGCCUCAGUUCCGGGGUGUGUCUCCAGUCCCCUCGCGUCUCACUUCCCGUCCUCGUCGGCGCUGCCGCCGCUCUGCGUCGCGUCCUUCGGAACUGCGCCCGGCGCGCUCUUUGGCGGGGCAGGCACGCCUCGAGGCGAGGUCGUUGCGGUGUCUUUGCGGGAGGUCUCCGGAGGGUCGUCCUCGGGAGCUCCGACCUCCCGCUGGCCGGUGUCUGGGGAGUUGAGCCCUCGGGCGGAGACAGACGACGGAGAUCCGGAGGAGCGCGAGAGGGCCGCCGGGCUGUGGCGGGUCGAGGAGCUGAAGCAGCUAGGCAGGCAAGUCGCGCUGUGGGGAGAGAGGCGCGUGCUGGCGGGGGCGUUCUUUCUUGAAGCCGAGAGCCGCGAGCACCUCCUCGAGGUGCUUGGCGCGCAGCUCGAAGAGGAAGACGAAGCGGAGGAAGACGACGCGCUCCAGCUCCAGCAAGAAGAAGAGGAAGACUUCCGCGAGGCCGUUCAGCAGCAGCUCCUCUUCUUCGAGCGCCUGCAGCGCGAGCGUCCUUCGCUCUUCCCGCGCACACUCGCCAGCCGCCUUCGCAGGGAGAAGCGCGAGGAGGCGUCAAGCCCCGAGGGCGCAGGGUCGCCGCAGGCGGGCAAGGUGCGUCGCGCGAGCGGCGCCUUGCUGUCUCCGCUCACGCAGCAGGCGAAGAGGACGGUGGAGCGGCGCAAGGAGGAGAGAGACGACGACGCCUUCAGCGUUCACUCCGAUUCCACAGUCUGUCUUCCACCCUACUUCUACGUCGGGCUCUCGCCGUCGCGCGUCGCGUCCCCGCUGAAGGGUCGCGCCUCGCCCUUCCGAAGGCCGGAGCUCGCGGGCGUGUCGGGCUCCAAGAGCCGACAGAUAGACUCUUCCCGCGCGGAGACCCUCACGGCGCACUCGUCAGCGAGCCGCAGUGCGGCCCGUCAACCUCAGGGGGGGGGGCGGAGGCGCUUCUCAAGCGAAAGCUGCGCAGCGCCUGACGGGGGCAUGGGGGGAGAGAGCGGGGCGCCCGCCCGGCGCCCCGAGUCUCAAGAGGGGGAAGAAGCAGAUCGUGGAAAGGAGAGAGAGGACAAGGGCGAUGAAGACGCAGCAGAAGAGACUUCUUCGCGGGCGGAGCGCGCGCGCCUCGGCGCGGAGUCGAUUGCAGAUGACCAUCUCAGUCCAGCGGAGAGCCCCGCUCUCCUCUCUCCCGCCAGGGCCGCUUCAGGCGCCGCCGAAGGCCAUCGAGAAAGAGAACGCGCCGAGGACGACGAAACAAAGGAAGAAAAAGGAGAGGAAGAGGAAGAAGAGGAAGUGCGGCCUGAGGACGGCGAGGCGGACGACGGCGGGUCGGCGGAGGAAGAGCCUGAGAGUGGCGCGGCUCGCCGCUGGAUGUCCCUAGCGGCAGCCCACGCGGACGAGGCGGAGAGCGCAGAAAAGCAGCUUGACGCCUCUGAGAGAGAAGACGCGUCGCCUGCGCAGCGAGAACCCCGCGCGCGACUGGCAGAAGAAGAGGCGUCGAACGCAGGGUCUGAAAGGGAGGAAGCGGAGGAUGAAAUGCGGUCAGAAGAGCAGGCACCAGCAGACGAAGCAGCGGGAAUCCUGCGGGCGAGAGAAGAGAGUCCUCCAACCUCGUCGCUGCCCUCCUUUCCUGUUCUCGAGGCGCUUGCCUCGUCGGCAGUCUCGGCCGACAGUUCCCCUGUACCCUCCCUUGAACCCGCUUGCGCGCCUGCCCUACUCUUUGGCGAAGAGACCGGCGGCUCUCGCGUCUCUGCUUUACGAUUUGAGGGCGAGGCGCCGCCGGAGUCGAACGCGUGUGUCGCCUCCUCUGCCGCGGUGUUUUCUUCGGCGCCGCUCGCGUCAGCGUCUGCAGUCUCAGAGCACCCCUCCGGCGGUCUUUUCGUCGCUUCGCCCCAGAGGGGGCUUCGCCGGCGGAGCAGAGGUCACGGGAGCCGCUCCGACUCUCCUCGUUCGGCUGCGCGCGGGGACUCGCUCGGCGGAGGGCGAGCGCAGGGGGCGGCCGGACCGGCGGGCGCCGAGGAGACCGCGGCGGAAGCGGAGAGCGACGCAUCUGUCGGAAGCGGACACCCGUCAAGCGCGAGCGCCAGAAGCUCCGCAGAGGAUCUGAGCCUCGGCGGCAGCACAGAGGAGGCGCAGGCAGGCAACGAAGAGGAUGAAAAGCUGGAAGAUGAGGAGAGAGAGGACGAAGAGGCAGGGGCUGGCGGCGCACGCGGAGCAGAAGGCAGAGGCGAGUCCCGAGUCGCAGACGGAGAGGCGGGUGAAGAGCCCGGCGAGGACGGAGAAGAGGGGCCCGACGAGGCGAAGGGCGGCGGCCGGUGGGAAGGAAGCGAUUCUGGGGCAUUGGGUGUCCAGGUCUCUGACUUCGGCAGCUCGACCGAGGAAACAGAAACGCGGCCUUUUUCAUCCAGGCCCGCAUCCGACGUAGACAUGCGCCCUCAGGCUCACGAGACCCCCGAGAGCCCAGCGGAGGCGCUGGCGGCGAGGCGCGCCGCGGCAAACGAAGAAGAGGCUUCUGCCGGUCGGGCUUCCGUAGUCAUCGCUUCAGCUCCGCUCGGCUCGACCGUGAGCGGUGGAGUUGGUCUCGCCCCCCAUCAGGAGCUCAGCGUCUCGUCUUUCGCGUCUCCGCGGUUUCGCUACGCGUCGCCGCUGCCUGACGAGGUCGGCACGCCGACGCCGCUGAGGGAAGUCGACGCCGAAGUGCAGAGAGAACUCGAAGAGAGUGGGGAGCUGCAGCAGGAGGGGACCGCGGACAUGACGGAUUUCAGCCGAGAGGGCGCAGAGGGCGAGCGCCGUGACGUUGAACAAGCGCGCUCGGCCGGCUGGUCGGGUUUCUCCGCCAACAGCGAACGCCUUUCUCCCGCGAAAGUCGUGUCUUCAACGUUUUUCUCGCCGUCGCACUCCGCGCUUCCCCUGCCCUCCGCAGCCUUCCUCGCCGCGCUGCAGGACUCUCCGCCGUCCUCGAACGCGUCGAUGGCCUUCCCUUCGUCGUCUUCUUCGCUGGCGGGUUCGCCGGCGCUCUCGUCCUCGUGCUUCUUCGCUCCCCACAGCGAGGCUGCGCCCAGGGAGGAGUCGACGCGCCCGUCUGUCCCCGCUAUCUCUUCUUCCGCGGUUUCGGCGUCCCCGGCGCCCCCCUUUCGGUUGUUUUCAGCCGCGUAUCUGCACACGCAGGCGCUCGACGAGAGGCGCGAGGGCGACGCGGCGAAGGGCGAGAAGGAGGCGUGGGACGUGAGCGGCGGCGGCAUCGCUGUCUCCGCCGCGCUGUGCGGCGGCCUGCGCGGGGAGCAGCCGCUGCUGCCGCAGGAAAGCGCCAAGCUCCGUGCCGAGCCGCGAACGUACGCGACCGACCGCGGGCACCGCACCGAGGCGCGGCGGACGGCUGAGGGCGAGGAAGGCUCGACGCGAGAGAAAGGGACUGGAGGCGAGCGUCGCGCGGAGACGCGGGGGAGCCUGUCGCUCUCUACGCGGCGCGCCCGCGGCGGAAGAACCUCCGGUCGCCGCAGCGAAAGCGAAAGCAGCAACGAGAGCGAGCGCCGGUGGCGGGGGGGCGGCGACCGCGAGGCAGGCGCCGAGGGCCUUCUCGCGAAGCGGGGCGCUGAGGGGCGAGAAAACGAAGAGGAUGAAGGCGCCGCGCAGAGAGAGCAGCACCAUGGAGAGGCGCGAAGCGGCGGCGCGGUUGCCGCAAAGGACGCUCACGGAAAACCCAAAGAGGCUGCACGCAGACGCGGAGUCGAACGUGGCAGAGCCGACCCGGAAGACGACGACUGCAUCGUUAUCGAGGAGGAGGGAAUGCUCGCUGGAGGGGAGGGAGCGCCCGACGACGGCCGGGAGGAGGCCCGACGGCACUCUGAGCCCGCUGACCUUUGGCCCUUGGCCUCUGGAGGCGAGCGCGAGCGAGGCAGUGUCGAAAGAAACGGCAGUCGAUUGGGCGCCGUGGCGGACUGCCAUCGCGAAGUUCUUCUUUCGUUGAAGCGGAAGCACGAAGAAGAGAGUCGCAAAAAGUUCCCCGCCGCCACGCCGCAGCAGCACGCGGCGUCGGUUCCGCCGUCCUCUCUGUCGUCGGCGGCCUCUUCUUCUUCUCGUCCGUCCAGUUCGCUGCCUUCGCUGCGGCGACACCCGGCGUCUCAGGCGCCGUCUUUUUCUUUGCAGCCCUCAUCUGCCGCUGCCUCCUCGCGGCAAUCGCAUCUCCUACUUCCAGCGUCUCCUUCUCUGCGCUCUCCCGCGUCUCUGCAGCCCACGCGGCUUUCGGACAGGCUGGCGCAGGCCACUGCGGCGCGACUCCGCUCGCCCUGCGCGUCUCUCCCUCCGGCAAAGAAGCAGCGGGCGCUGUCGCCCCCCGUGCCCUCUGCAAGGGGGGCGGCGAGCCCAGCGCGGUCGGAGCGGGCCGCGGCGGCGAGAGGAGGGGCGGAGACCGCGCCGAGCGGAGCCACGCCCAGGGACUUCUCCCUCGAGCAAAAGCCGGACACACCAGGCCGCGCGGAGUCGCCAGCCGGCGCAGUGGCCGCGUCUUCUGCCUCUCCUGUGCUGAUUGUCAGCGACGAGGAUGAGGAGGAGAAGGCGAGGCAAGGUGGAGUCUCCGCAGAGACAGGCGACACGCGUGAGGCGCCCGCGGAACAGAAGAAAUGCGCGUCGCUGAAACUCGGGGGACGAGCAGCGACGGAGGCAGAAGCGCACGCAGAGGCCGCGAGGGAGGCGGAGGCGAACGGCCGGCCGAGAAAGACACAGCGAGAAGAACGGUGCGCGGAAAGCGACGCGCGGCAGGCGCCCGCCGCGGCGGCAGGCCCCGUGGAGGGCGCACAGCCCGACGCGCGGAAAGCAGACCCCGGCGAGAUGCGACAAGAGAAAGAGGGCACCGGCGAGCAAAAACGAAACGACAGAGUCCUCGAGAGGAGGAAAGUGCGGCAAGACGAAGUGGAGCUGCAAUCGCCCAAGUCGCGCGCGGACCCUGAGAAGAAGCCUGCUCAAUCCGCUUUCGAAGCAGCCACCCCCAACCGGCCGGUGACCCGCGGCGCGAGAUGGAAAAUCGCUCCGGAGGAUCAGGCGGCUCUGACGGGGCUGCUUCAUAGAGUCAGCGAAGUGCGCGGAAACGACGGCGAAGUCGUCGUCCACCGCGCAGGCAUCCCGCUCACGAUCAAGAGCCUGCGCGGCCUGCUGCCUGGCGGACUUCUCGAUGACGAAGUUAUCAACCUCUACAUGGUCUUGCUGCAAGAGAGGGACGACCGCAGCCUGCGAAUCUCUCAGACUCGCCCCGAUACGGCAGCUUCGACGCGGCACCGUCGAUGUCAGUUUUUUCCUUCGCAUUUCUACGCGAGUCUGCGGAAGAGCGGCUACGAGGGAGUUCGGCGAUGGACCAUGAGGAAGAAGGUUGAUAUUUUCGGUCAAGAUCUCCUCGUCUUUCCUCUUCACGUGGUGGCUGAGACACACUGGGCCCUGGGCGUCGUGAACUUCAGCGCCGGCGCUAUUGAGUACUACGACUCCCUGGACUACAAAGAAGAAGGAAAAGAAUUUGGGGACAGAAUUCGAGACUACCUGCGUCGUGAACACCUCGACAAGAAAGGGCGCCCCUUCCACGCCGGAAAGUCUCUGCGAUCCGUAGUGAAGCGCGUCCCACAUCAAGAGAACUCCUCAGACUGCGGAGUGUUUUGUUGCCAGUUCGCGGAGCACUUGGGCGCGGCUCGACUCGCUUUCGACUUCAGUCAAGUCGACAUCACGCCGCUGCGCUACAAAAUGAUGCUUCAGCUCUCUCAGACCUAUGUCGCCUAG